AUGUCACUGGUCAAGGACGAGAGCACGGAAACGAGGUUUGUUCCGCUAGAGCGUGCACCGCGGAACGUUUUCAAGCGGGAAGUAUUCAGUUACAAAGAUGAGCAGUUUCCGGAAACCCAAGGUCCCAGGGCCGGAAACAUUGCCAAAAUCGUGCACUGGAGGAACUGCUUCCCACUUCCUAUCGAGUACUCGGUGUAUUUAUGCGAUCCUCUUUUGAGGGCCGAGAACGCCCUCCUGGGUGAGUGCUUGCUACCGGCGAACUUGUCGAGGAGGUUUUGCGUCGUUGACGAUUCCGUUUGGGCAAUAUAUGGAGAAAAAUUGAAGGCAUACUUUGAUGAACGAAAUAUAGCAUCUAAAUAUGUGGUCUUACCAGGAGGGGAAGAACAUAAAAACAUUGGCGCUGUGUUCCAAGUGUUGGAUGCCCUUUGUGACUUUGGUCUUCACCGUAGGGAACCGAUUCUAGCUAUUGGCGGCGGCGUGGUCCUCGAUAUUGCGGGAUUCGCAGCAUCCCUCUAUAGGCGUGGUGUUCCCUAUAUUCGGGUGCCCACGACAUUGCUUGCAAUCGUUGAUGCCAGCGUCGGCGUCAAAACUGGAAUAGACUAUACGCAUACUGUGACUGACGAACAUUUCAAGAACAGGAUGGGUGCGUUCUACGCCCCAGUCGCAUCAUUUUUGGACAAAACGUUCGUCGCUACCCAGGACGAAAGACAAAUCAUUAAUGGGCUCGGAGAAAUCUUGAAACUGGCCCUUGUUCGCUCUGCAGAGCUCUUCGCUCUUCUGGAAGAGCACGCAGCAGAUUUGGUUCGUAUGAAGUUCCAGCAAUCGUUUGUGCCGGACCGUGUAAUCGAGCUCAGUGUCGAAAUCAUGCUUGAAGAGUUAGGGCCGAACCUUUGGGAACAGAAGCUCGAACGAUGUGUCGACUAUGGCCACACAUUUAGCAAAGUGCUCGAAAUGAAAUGUUUAGGUGAACUCUGCCAUGGAGAGGCGGUUAACAUCGAUGGAUUUUUCUGUGUCCUACUCAGCGAAGGCCGUGGAUGGCUGGAUAGCAGGACAAGGAACCGCAUCCUGCGUGUUAUGCGUGAUUGCUGCCGACUUCCAUUCUAUCAUCCACUCUGCGAGGACGUGGACACUAUGUGGCAGGCUGUUAUGGAUGGGAUCGAACAUCGCGAUGGGCUGCAGAGGAUUCCUCUCAUUUACCACGAAAUUGGUCGGUGCACUUUUGUGAACGACUUGACAAAGGAUGAAAUUAAGGUCGCAGCCCAAAAGCUGGUACAUAUCAAGAAGAACUUGUCCGAAGCGCAGGCGUCUCAAUAA